AUGAACAACACGCAACUAGAUAUAUUAGGCAUUUCAGAAACCUUCUGGAAGGGAGUAGGAAACUUCACCGCAUCAAUUCCUAUUGUCGCCGAGAAUUACAGGGUAAUCUUCUCAGGGGGGGAUGUAUCCAGAAGGGGAGUAGCUCUCAUCUUGACUGAAAGAGCACAGAAAGCUCUCAUGUAUUGCAACACAACAAGAACCAUGCUAAUCAAGAUCCAAGAUAGACUUCAUAACACCAUCAUCAUUCAAGUGUAUGCUCCAACAACGGACUCAGACGACACAGCUGAAGAUUUCUAUGAAGAUAUCACUGCAUCAAUAUGUGCGAAUGCUAAAUCAAGGGACAAGAUCAUUAUUAGUGAUGACGUCAAUGCGAAAGUUGGCCGAGAUAAGGUUGGGAAUGUGGUUGGCCCAUUUGGUCUGGGGGUGAGAAAUGACAGGGGGGACAAUCUUAUAGAAUUCGCGCAACGUCACAAGUUAUUUGUUGCGAACACCUGGUUUGAGAAACGAGAGAGAGCCAGACAUACAUGGACAGCUCCAAAUAGUACUGUGAAGAACCAGGUAAACUACAUCCUCGUCAGCACUAGAUAUCGAAACAGCGUUAGGAACGCUAAGACGAGACAGAAUGCAGACUGUGGCUCUGACCACAACCCCAUUGUUAUCAUCACCAACACAAGGCUGAAACAGAUACAGAGGUAG